GCCGGCGUCGAAGCAGCGGUCGAGGGCCGCGGCACCUGAGCGACCGGGUACAACUCCAAAGACGAGUAGGUCAACGCAAGCAGCUAAGGAGCGUGAAACAUUGAGGACGUUUACCGACGAUCAGCUCGCGGUGAGGAGGGAGGACACGCGCCCCAGUACCAGUGGUGGACGCUCUGACAGCGGCUCUUCGCCAACCAGGAAGACUGGCAGCGAAAAGGUCUCGAAAAAGCAGACCAGCACGGACAUAAGGGUGAACCUGCCGAUGCUCAUGAAGGAUGACCCGCCCACGGCAGAUCCCAGCCCAAAGCACUCGAUCAGUCUGACCCAAAAAAGAAGGCAGCUGUCCUUUGUCGAUGCUUCAAUAGAAUGCAUCGGCGAAGCCAUCGAGGAUGAGCAUGGGGGCUUAGACUGGCUGCAAGACUUCUGGAGCACGAUUCUCCUGGGCACUCCCACCGCAGUGUGCAAGACUUUGGCACUCAGGUCUCUUGGAAACUGGGUGAGCGUCUUCAAUCGCUGGCAAGAGAUCGGCAAGUGGGUUCCCGGUCAGGCACCGAACUGUCUCAAUGCGUUCGAGAUGCAG